CCAAUCAAGCCUUGGUUACAAAUAAUUUUUAAUCUCGCAGACAUUUUAACGAAAGCAACAUUGACAUUGCAGGGAACUGAUAAGAAAAUUAAACCCGACAAAUAUUCUCAUAAAAUUUUCAAUGUUCCAAUAUUCCAUAAAAAAAAUUUGUCAACUUAGUUACCAUUUACUAGUUAUUUCCCAUGAUGUGAUCAAACUAAUUUUGACUUUUAAAUCUUCAAAUCCAAUUGUUUUGACUAGAAUCUUUCAUGCAUUCAGAUGUUGUUUUUAGAUUUUUCAACACUUGAAUGCUCUAGUAAAUUCAUAAAAAAUUUUACACUAAUCACUAUAUUUGAUUAAGAAAAAGAAAAUUUUUUACAUUUAUUUUCUGCAUGACACGAGUUUAGUUGAGAUGUGAUCGGUGGUCCGGUAUGCAGACAAGAACACCAAUAGCUUCCAAACUGAUCAUCUUCCAUGUGGUGCCCUUUAAAGCAAACAUAAAAAAAGAUUGUGCUUUUCACUAAUUAUUAAUACUUUAUCUCAAAAUUCAAAAGCAAAAAAGAUACCCAGAUCCUCCAUUGAUGCUCUGCAACUCUGCAAAUUUGCCUACUUCAAUUAAAGGUAUCGUCUGCUGUAUCCAUAUGGUGGGAAAAGAUUUCAGGAAGUUGUUUGGAGAUUUCAUUCCUUAAUUGUCAUUCUUUAGUGGUUUUUUCUCAUUGUAGUAGUUGUUGUUGUUGUCUGCGUUUAUAUCAGGGGUUUUUGUUUUCAGGCAUUCUUGUAUUUGGCCUGUAGUUGUUGAUUUUGAUUGGUUUGCGGAGGAAGGAAACAGUUUUUUUUUAUAGGAAUUGGGAAUUCCUAUAGAUAUUUGAGUUGAUGGGAGGUCGUAGCUCAAGGGAGGGGAGUUGGAGGCAGAAUUCAUCUUCAGGGGAUUCUCACUAUGGGUAUCCUCAGUCGUCAUAUGGUCAAGAAAGCCAGAGUUAUGUGCCUCAGCAUAGCUAUGCCUCCCCACAGUAUUAUCCACCAUCUCAACAAGAGCUGCAGUAUUAUCCACAUUCACAAGACCAUGGCAGCGAUAAAAGGACGAUAGACAGGAGGUAUUCAAGAAUUGCAGACAAUUACAACUCCUUAGAUCAGGUGACGGAGGCUCUUGCUAAUGCUGGUCUUGAAUCUUCCAAUCUUAUUGUUGGUAUUGAUUUCACAAAGAGCAAUGAGUGGACAGGGAAAAGAUCAUUCAAUAGAAAAAGUUUGCACCACAUUGGAGAUGUUUUAAAUCCUUAUGAACAAGCAAUAUCAAUCAUUGGGAAAACCUUAGCUGUCUUUGAUGAGGAUAAUUUAAUUCCUUGCUUUGGAUUUGGUGAUGCAUCAACACAUGAUCAAGAUGUCUUCAGUUUCUACCCAGAUGAGAGAUUUUGUAAUGGAUUUGAGGAAGUCUUAAGCCGAUAUAGAGAAAUUGUGCCUCAUCUGCAACUUGCUGGACCUACAUCAUUUGCUCCUAUCAUUGAAAUGGCUAUGACCAUUGUUGAGCAGAGUGGUGGAUACCAUGUGUUAGUGAUAAUUGCUGAUGGGCAGGUGACUAGAAGCGUUGAUACUCUGCAUGGCCAGCUAAGUCCACAAGAGCAGAAGACUGUUGAUGCCAUAGUGCAAGCAAGCAAGCUUCCUCUGUCAAUUAUAUUGGUUGGUGUUGGAGAUGGACCUUGGGACAUGAUGAAGGAGUUUGACGAUAACAUUCCUGCUCGAGCAUUCGAUAAUUUUCAGUUUGUGAAUUUCACAGAGAUUAUGUCAAAGAAUACAGCCCCAUCCCGGAAGGAGACAGAAUUUGCUCUAGCUGCUUUAAUGGAGAUUCCUUCACAAUACAAAGCAACCAUUGAGCUUAAUAUUCUGGGUGGCCAAAAGGGUAAUGUUCCUGAGAGAGUUCCCCUACCUCCUCCUAUAUAUGGUGCAGCAUCUUUCAAUAGCUCAAAACCUUCCCAUUCUACCAGUUUCCAAUAUGGUUCAGCAUCUUUCAGCAGCUCAAAACCUUCUCAUCCUACCAGCUUCGAGCCAAGUGUCCCUCCUUAUCCUGGAGAUACUAGUCCUGUCAGCUCAGCUACCCCAGCUUCAAGUUCUACUUAUGAUAGCCAGAUUUGUCCCAUUUGCCUUAGUAACUCAAAAGACAUGGCAUUUGGUUGCGGGCAUCAGACCUGUGAAGAAUGUGCAAAAGGCCUCCAAACCUGCCCAAUAUGUCGAAGUCCGAUCCAAACCAAAAUAAAGCUCUACUUCUGAUAUUUUUGUUAAAUUAUCUUUGCUCAUCAUUCUUUGUUAAUUUGUUAUUGAGAACAUGCAAUUAGUGAUAGGUCUGAUGAAGUUAGUUUCUGGUGCCAAUGACCCAAAGAAGGGGAUCUCAUCCUUUGUACAUUCUCUUUUGGAGUGAACUCUCUGUACAUUUAUGAUAUUUGAUUAUUUCUUUUAUUCCUCCUUGCCUUUAUGAAUUAUGAUCAAUGCUCCUUCCAUAUAUUUGUCCACAUGAAAAGUUAUGAGAGAAGCUGAUGGAUAUUAAUAAAUUAGCUGGAGUUUACUCUAUAGCGCAGCAGUGCACAGUUAUUGGGAUGUAAAUUAGGUCUAUUUCUGGAUUUAGUUUGACAGAUAUUUGGCCUUAUUGAUACUAUAACCGUGAAAUGUGAACCUUUGGUUGUUGUCAGGUCUGCACUUAUCUCAUUCUUCUGCUUCCAAUAAUUCAAUCUUAGACUAAAUCCUAGUAGAAUUCUAGUAACAGAGUAAAUUUUGGAAUGCAUCGUAUGAAGAAGUGCGCUUUUGAGAUUGUCCUAAAAAGAGAUUAGGUUUAAACAAAAUCUAUGAUUCAUGGACUAUUUCGAAAGUAAAAUUUUGAAUGCAUCUUACGAGUGAGUGUACUUUUAAAAUUUUACAAUGAAGAAAA